UUCCCAUAUAAAGUGCCUGCGAGGGUUGGGUACUAGAGGCAGUCAGUUUCCUAUCCUUUCUUUCAGACCUUCUUUACUUUGCCUUUUGGUUCUCUGUUUAUUUACGGCUAUACCAUUCAGCUAAUGAUAGCUUACUGUGAUCGGAAACUCGAGAGCCGUCGCUCUGUCCCCGCUCUCGGUUUCCCUCGGUUUAGGUUUUUCCGCCACCGGCGAUUGCGGUAACCCUUGUCUCACUCUCCAACCUAAAAAAGCAGCGAAGAGAAGUUUUAUUUAUUUAUUUAUUUAAGAUUUGAAUCACUGUAUAAUAUACCACGGUCGAUCAUUUCAAUACGAUGAGGAAUUCAAAAAAUAACCGUAAGGAACCGGAGAAGAGCCGGAGGGUAAGGUUAUCUGAAAGGGCGUCGUCGUUUCACGGGAGAAUCCUGACGAUGGAACCGGUGGAGCUGAGGCGGCCGAAGACGCUUCCCGACCUGCUUCUAGAGAGGUCUACUUCACUCUCAUCCGAUGCGAGGCCGCCGAAGUUGACGAAGCUGCUAUUGAACGUGACGAUUCAAGGGAGCCUCGGAGCCGUGCAAGUGGUGAUGUCACCGGAAAACACUGUCGGUGACUUAAUAACCGUAUCCGUCAGGCAGUACUCGAAGGAAGGUAGGCGACCGAUGCUGCCGCCAACGGACGCCGCGCUAUUCGAUCUCCAUUAUUCUCAAUUCAGCUUAGAAAGUUUGGGAAGGGAAGAGAAGCUGAUAGCGUUGGGAUCAAGAAAUUUCUUCUUGUGCACAAAAACGGCGGCAUCGAAGGACGGCCAGAAUAAAACGGCGUCGUGCUCAAAUGAAGCGGAAAGUGUUACAAAAAGCUCGAAACCUUGGUUCAAAUUCAUGGAUUUCUUGUUUUAGAAGCAUUGUUUAUGGGUAUUGUAUUUUGUAAAAAAAAAAUUAGAUUAUGGAACAUGCAAAUUUAUGAAAAAUUGCAUGUAGGGUAUUUUAGAAUGGUUAGGGAAGGAAAGAGAGAGUGUUUAAUUAAUCAUAAUCUCUCUUCUGCUUAAUUAUUUGCUAAAAUGUAUAAAGUUUUUGGCUUAAUUUAUUAAAGUUGGAAUAUUUCUUAA